UGCGCUUUAUGACUCUUGUCUUACGUCUUAUCUUACUACAUAUUUAAUUUUUCCUUAAGUUUGGGUUUUCACAUUAAUCGUUUAUAGACUAUCCUACGCAGUUCUUUUAUCCAACAUAUGUUACUGUGUAGUUUCUCAAUAAAAUUGAAAGAAAAGUAAAGUUUUGGUCAAGUUGGUUUAACUACAUUGCUGUUCUGUUGAAUAAUCAUCUUACGUGAAGGCAAGAUGUUUAGUAUGCCAUCAGCUCACCAACAGUACUUAAGGGAUAGAGGUUUGAUAAGUGAAAUUUAUGCAGCAAUGGACAAUGAUGACUAUGCUGAUGUGGUUAUGGCAGCAUUUCAUGCACUUGAAAAGAGUGAUGGGUUCCCACGAGUACCUCAUGUAUAUAAAUGUGAAGAAAAAUCUAAUGAGUACCGUAAUUUGGGCAACAUUGCAUUUAAAACGGGAAGUCAUAAAGAAGCACUACAAUGCUAUAAUGCAGCGCUUAUGCAUGCACCACACAACUCCAGGGCAAUGAAGCUUGCAUACAGCAAUAGAUCUGCUGUUUUUCAAAACAAUAAUCAAUAUAAUGCCUGUAAAGUUGAUAUAGAACAUUGCUUUCAACUCGGUUGUCCACCAGAUAUUGUUGAAAAAUUAAAGAAAAGAAUGGCAUCUGUUAAAAUGUAUAGUAACAUUGAAGCAAUGGCUAUGUCAGAAUUAAAAAGUAAUUUCGCUGGCGUUUUUAAGUUUGGUGCAGAACGAAAUGCCCAAAUACCUUGCGUUAGUGCCAAUGUUGAAGUUGUUAAAAAGGAUUCUUCUGUAAAGAUAGUUGCAGCAAAAGACAUUAAGGUUGGAACCCUUCUGGCAUUGGAACCAUCAUUUGUAAGUUGCAAUAAUGAAGAAAAUGUUGCAUUUUCUUGCCACUACUGUCACAAGAUGUCAUUGAACCUUAUCCCUUGUGAUAGAUGCUGUUUUGUUAUGUUCUGUGAUGAGGAAUGUAAAAAGCUUUGUUUGAAAGAAUUUCAUAACAUUGAAUGUCAAAUUAUGGAACUAAUUGAGGCACAUAUUUGUAGUCCAAUGGCAAAAUUGAUGGUCAAAGGUGGUAUUAAAAUGGUACAACUUUGUGAGUCCUGGGAAGAAAUAAAUAAAAUUUCACGUUGUACAGGGUCAAAAAGAAUUCCCACAGCUUCAGUGCAGGAAAUGUUUGAUGUCGGAAAUAAGCUUUCUGUUCUUACUUACAAUGAUGAUAAGCUGUUUGUUCAUGGUAGCAUGUAUGUGGCUAGUUUCUUCUGUGCAAUAAUAAUUUAUUAUUUAGAAAAAGUGCCAACAUUUUUCCCACGAUUAUUAGGAGAAAGGAAAAUGGCGAGGGAAUCUAUGGGACGGCUUCUGAUGUAUUUUGCAUUGCAUCCUGAACCCACACAAGUUACUUUAACCGUAAGCAACAGGAAUUCAUCAAUUACGUACUCUCAUCCACAUAUAAAUCACGGAUGGUAUCCAUUCGUCGGAAAAUUGCGGCAUUCUUGCACUCCUAAUGUCAUUGUUUCAAAUUUGAACAAAACUGCUGCGUUGAUAGCAUUGCAACCUAUCGAAAAAGGAACGGAGUUGACCGUUUCUUACAUGGGUCAUUAUCAAAUACUAGAUAUUGAUGUACAUGUGAAAAAUUGCAUGUCAUUUGUAAAAACUGGACGAGUAUGCAAAUGUGAGAUAUGUAAUGGAGAUUGGAAAUUCCAAACCUACAAGAGUGUUUUAACAGAAAAGCAACGCAACAUGUACAUUAAUAAAUUUCUGCCAAUAAUGAAGGAAGCGAACUUUGCCAAAAUGAACAAAUUUCUUUCACAAUUGUUUGAAGUUAUGACUUGUUUAAAUAAUGUGCCAUUCUCUGAGGAAUAUAAAAAUGUCUUCACUCUGUUUCAUAAAUGUUUAUUAGCAUUUGAAGAAAGUAAAAGCAACUUUAUUUUAGAUUAGAUUAAAAAAUAUUUC